AUGGCAAGAGGAAGAGGCGGAGGAAGAGGUGGCGGCAGUGGCGGCGGUCGUGGGAAAGGGCCUCGUCGCGCCCCUCGCGCAUCACCGGCGGCCUUCGGCGGAGCUUCAGCUUCAUCUUCUAUCAGCUCAACAUCUUCAUCUUCAUUCUUGGCGAUUAACAAAUUGCUACACGCUGCCAAUUGCAAUCCGAAAUCGGUCGGUCCCUACACCAACAAGCUCGACAUCUUGAUCGUGGGCGAUGGCGAUCUGUCGUUCUCCCGCGCGCUGGCCUACUCCAUCGGUGGCUCGCGAUUGACCGCCACCUGCUACGACUCCCUCAACGCAUUCAAGUCCAAGUACCGAUCAUCGCUUGCGAACAUCAGCGAGCUGAAGCAGCUCGAAGUGCAGACCUACUUUGGCGUCGAUGCCACGCGGCUGGAGGAACAGAAGUGGCUCAACGAUCCCAAGAAGGCCACGGAGCGGAAGCAGUACCAUCGCAUCGUCUUCAACUUCCCACACGCCGGGCAAGAUGACGAAGAGUCGAGGGCCGCCGCCGUCCCUAGAUCGAAGAAGACCAAGACCAAGAAGCCGAAACACGCUGGCGACGAUGUUGACAAGAAGAAGAGGAAGCGAGGCGUGGGUGGCGGCAACAUCCCUCAGCACGAGAUCGUGAAACGGAACCAGAAGCUGCUCUACGAGUUCUUCGUGUCGGCUGCGCCGUGGCUGCUGCCGGGCGGCUUGGGCCAGAUCCACGUGGCCCUCCGCACAUCGACGCACUACAAGCAGUGGGACAUCGAAGAGCUCGCACGCAAGGCCGGCCUCGUACUUAAGAAGACGGAGCCGUUCCAAGCAUCGCUCUUCCCCGGCUAUGAGAACAAACGAACGGCCUCAGCUGACCUGGUUCGCGGCGCUCCCGCCACAGAUAACGCCGAGAUCUACAUGUUCAUUUGGCCGGGAGCCACCUCGCCACCGCUGCCCCAGUGGCCCACUGAAGUUGAGGAGGACGAGGAUGAAGAGUCUAGCGCCGAGGAGGAGGAGGAAGAAGACAUGGAAGAGGACGACAAUGACGACGGAGAUGGAGAAGAAGUGGAGGAGCAGCCAAAGGCGAAAGCGAAGCCGCAGCCGCAGCGACUCUCAAACAGAAUCCAGGCCAAGAGGCAGCAGAAGGGGCCUGUCCAGGCCGGCGACGCCGAGGGCGGCAGCCGCAGGGACAAUAACAAGCGCAAGGAGAGAGUGGAGGACACGCGCGGCAGCAGCAGCAACAACAAGAGCAAGCAAAGCCAGAAGCAGCCCGCCAACAAGAACAACAAGCGAAAGGAGAGAGAUGAGGAAGAUGGCGGCGGAAACAAGAAAGGACAGACGAAUGGCGGCGGCCCGGCGAAGAAGGCCAAGGUUGACGGCGGCGGCGGCGGCCCGGCGAAGAAUGGCAAGGCCGAAGGCGGUGGAGAUGGGCUGACGAGAAAGGAGAGACGAGCCCUGCGCGGCGGCGGCCGAGGCGGCCGGGAGGUGAGGCCGGUGGUCGGGGCGGCCGUGAAGGCGGCGGCGGAAGGGGUCGGGGCGGCGGUCGCGGUGGCGGACGUGGUGGCCGAGGAGGACGCGGCGGCCGUGGGGGCAGAGCAUAAGCCACGCACCGUCUCGCACCGUUACGGGUGA